AUUUGUCUAUGGACUCUUCCGUCAUGCAGCAUCAAGUCCCUAAAGUUAGGUACAAUGUGGCCGGAGCUCGGGAGAGCUUGCAUAUGCGGCAUCCGUAUAAGAAUAUCUGCGGCCGGCUAUUUCCCACUGCAAUACCUGCAGGUAUCUUCUCGCUGUGGUAGAUAUUGAUCUGGGACAUGGCGACUCCUGGUGAGACAUCCGGUGAGGGGGUUGUUGAUCUGCCUACCUCGCUAGAUACAGAGAGCCAUUCUCUCUACCAUGGUCGAGGCACGUUAGAGGAUCCUUACAUUGUCGAGUUUCUUCCAAAUGACCCUUCCGAUCCGCUGAACUGGUCGGCAUUCCGCAAAUGCUUCUACACUGCCCUCAUAACCAUUGGUGUGUUUGCUGUCACCCUCACAUCUUCAGCGUAUUCUGCGUCCGCCGAACAGAUCAUUGCUGAGUUCCACACAAGCAGUGAGUUGUUUGCACUCGGAAUUGCCCUGUAUGUACUGGGCUUCGCAGUGGGACCGCCUUUAUGGGCUCCAAUGGGGGAGUUGUAUGGGCGACGACGCCCAUUUAUUGUCACACACGUUCUCAUGGUGGCGUUCGUGGGAGCCACAGCAGGCUGCAAGAACAUUGCAUCUCUGUUGGUCUUCCGCUUCCUUGCUGGCACGUUUGCUGCAUCGCCUCUCACCAACUCGGGCGGUGUCAUUGCUGAUUUGUUUUCGACCAAUAAGCGAGGUGCCGCGACAUGCUUAUUUGCCGUUGCACCCUUUAUGGGGCCUGUUCUGGGACCUAUUAUCGGUGGCUUCAUCACCAUAACCAUCGGUUGGCGGUGGGUUCAAGGCUUCUGCUGCAUAUUUAUUGGAGUUGUGGCCAUCGUCGGAACAAUCUUGCUGCCGGAGACUUACGGCCCCGUGUUGCUGCGACGUAAGGCACGGCAGUUAUCGCGGAAGAGUAAGAAGGUGUACAUCAGCACGCUAGAGAAGACCACUGGCGGUGUCGAGGCAUUUGCAGUCUUCAGCAAAACCAUGAAAAGGCCUUGGGUGUUGCUCUUUCGGGAGCCCAUUGUGUUUAUCGCCUCCAUCUAUCUGUCGAUUCUCUACGCGACCAUUUACAUGUUCCUGCCAGCUUUCCCAAUUAUUUAUGAACGAGGACGUGGUUGGAAUGCAGGCAUUGGGAGUCUUCCUUUCCUUGGCAUCGCCGUUGGCAUGGGUCUGGGAGUGACCUACGUUAUCACCGACGACCAGCUCCGCUACCAGAAGUUGGGUAAAAGCGUCACCCCCGAGUCUCGCUUGCCUCCAGCUAUGGUUGGUGCUGUUUUCAUCCCAAUUGGCAUGUUUGGAUUUGCUUGGACCAAUUAUCCAACCAUGCACUGGUCAGCCAGCGUCGUUCUUGCUGCCCCUUUUGGAUUCGGAUGUGUGGCCGUCUUCACUUGCAUCCUCAUUUACCUUGUUGACUCAUACACGAUAUACGCAGCGUCAGUGAUGGCUGCCACGGCUAUGCUGAGGUCUUUCAUCGGCGCGGCCUUUCCUCUUUUUACCACGCAGAUGUUCACCAAUCUUGGGAUUCAUUGGGCAAGCUCCAUCCCGGCCUUCCUAACAGCGGCCUGUCUGCCCUUUCCCUUUGUUAUGUAUCGGUAUGGUCCGAAGAUCAGGAUGAAGUGCAAAUACGCACAUGAGGCUGCCAUGUUGAUGGCUAAGAUGCAGGCAAAAGAGUAUGAGGAACCUGUGAAUACAAAGGUUGAGGAGGGGGCGGAGUGAUAUAGAUAAAUACUAGAGAUAAAUAUACAUGUUAUUGCCAUUGUAAGGUGUUCAUCACUUUACACUAGAUGAAGGCAUACCUAGGUAGAUAUAUGGCAUACCACAAAGCUGCGUGGAAUAAAGUGUGCCAGGCAGAUUUGCUUAAUGUAGUAUCUGAAACUCGC